CCCACUGGAGAUACAGAUUCAGCCUAGAUGGCCUUUCAGGACCUUUUUAUUCACAUUGGCAGCCUGGGGAGGUUCCAGUUACUUCAGAUGGCUUUCCUCCUGAUCUGCAAUGGCUUGGUGGUUCCUCACACUCUUUUGGAGAACUUCACUGCAGCCAUACCCAGUCAUCGCUGCUGGGUCCCCAUCCUUGACAAUGACACUGUCUCUGACAAUGACAGCGGAAUCCUGAGCCAAGAUGACCUCCUGAGGAUCUCCAUCCCAUUGGACUCCAACCUGAGGCCAGACAAGUGCCGUCGCUUUGUCCAGCCACAGUGGCAUCUCCUUCAUCUGAAUGGCACCUUCUCUAAUGUGACAGAGGCAGACACAGAGCCCUGUGUGGACGGCUGGGUGUACGACAGAAGCACCUUCCUCUCCACCACUGUGUCCAAGUGGGACCUGGUAUGUGGAUCUCAGGCACUGAAUUCAGUGGCUAAAUUUAUAUUCAUGUCUGGCAUGUUUUUAGGACAUAUUGUAGGUGGCCAUUUAUCAGACAGGUUUGGGAGGAAGUUUGUUUUCACAGGUGCUUUACUGCAGCUGGCCAUCACUGAAACCUGUGUGGCUUUUGCUCCCUCCUUCCUCAUCUACUGCUCAUUUCGCUUCCUGGCAGGGAUUUCUUCCUCAUCCAUGAGGACAAACAGUGUUUUGCUCAUAUUAGAAUGGACAAGCCCUAAAUUCCAAGCUUUGGUAAUGGCACUGGCAUUUGCUGCUGGGGGUAUUGGACAGGUAAUACUGGGAGGCCUGGCUUUUGCUAUUCGAAACUGGCACCACCUCCAGCUGGCAAUGUCUGUACCAAUGUUCCUCUUCCUUAUUCCCACAAGGUGGCUGUCAGAGUCAGCUCGGUGGCUGAUUAUGACCAACAAACUACAAAAGGGCUUAAAGGAACUUCAAAAAGCUGCAUGCAAGAAUGGAAUGAAGAGUUCUAGAGAUGCCCUAACCAUGGAGGUUGUGAGAAGCACCAUGGAGGAGGAACUGGAAGCAGCACAGACAAAGCAUUCCUUGCUGGACUUGUUCCGUGCACCCAACCUACGUAAGCGGAUCUGUGUCCUGUGCUCUGUGAGAUUUUUGUCACUGAUACCUGUUUUGGGCCUGCUUAUCCACCUCCAAUACCUGAGCAGUAAUGUGUUCCUACUGCAGUGUCUCUAUGGUGUGAUAUCCAUUCCAGCCAAUGUUCUUGGAAAUUUUUUAAUGAACCACAUGGGUCGCAGAAUAACCCAACUGAUUUUCCUGUCUCUGUUGGGAAUCUUCAUUCUCUCCACCAUAUUUUUGCCUCAAGAAAUGCAGACCCUGCGCAUAAUUUUGAUAACAUUGGGAGGAGCAAUUUCUUCUGCCUGUAUAACGAGUAUUCUUGUACAUGCAAAUGAGCUGGUCCCCACCGUAAUCAGGGCAACCAGUCUAGGAGUCACUGGAAUUGCAGGCAGUGCUGGGGCCGCCAUAUCUCCUCUGUUUAUGAUCCUCACCAUGUACUCGGCUUCCUUGCCCUGGAUCAUCUAUGGAGUCCUCCCCAUCAUCGGUGGCCUCAUUGCCCUUCUCCUUCCUGAGACCAAGAAUCAGCCUCUGCCUGACUCCAUCCAAGAUGUGGAAAAUGAGAGGAAAAGCUCAAGAGAGACAAAGAAGGAUGCUGUUGCCAAAGUGACACCAUUUUAAAGGACUCCAACGACUGACCUCUAAUCAAGGAGAAAAACAAAGAAAAAGGUCAUUCAAGAUACAGUGCCCCAGGAUUGUUCGUAAAUGUUAUCAGUUUUUCCAUAUAAGUCAUAUGUAUAAGUAGUGAAUUAAAUUAAAAUUAUACCAGUUUACCAUAUAUAAAAUAACUAUAAUAAACCACAGCAAGAAA